AUGGCCGAUUCACCGGACAAGAUAUCCGCUGAGCCAGCGGCCAACCACCAGCACCAAGAUCCCGUUAAAGUCAGCGCUGACGAUGCCGAUGUUGCCCUCGCGGCGAUGGGUUACAAACCUGUCUUUAAGCGCGAGUUUGGUCUGUGGUCCGCUUUCAGCUUCGCCCUCUCCAUCUCAGGGCUUUACGGCACGGUCAUGACGACCUAUUCUUACCCCCUUUAUGCUGGCGGCGCCGCGUCGGCGGUGUGGUGCUGGUUGAUCGCUGGUAUUGGGGCCAUGUGCCUGGCCCUGUCAAUUUCCGAGGUUGCCUCAGCUUAUCCGACUUCUGGUGCUAUGUAUUUCACUAUUAAAUACCUCGCGCCGGAGAAGUGGGUGCCUGUUAUCGCCUGGAUUGAUGGCUGGCUCAACCUUAUCGGCCAAAUCUGCGGUAGUGCCUCAUCUAGCUACGGCGCAGCUCAGAUGUUGUUGGCUGCGGUAGCAAUCGGCUCCGACUUCACCUAUUCGCCGACCCAAGGACAUAUCAUCGGCGUCAUGGCCGCUUUGUCCAUCUUCCACGCACUUGUCAACUGCCUGAACACUGCCUGGCUGUCCAAGAUUGCCAGCACCUACGCCGUGAUCCACAUUGCGGUUCUGUUCUCUUGCUGUAUAGCCCUCCUUGUUCUUCAGAAGGACAAGAACACGGCCAGCUAUGUCUUUACCGAGGUCCAGCCCGACUCUGGAUGGAACCCGCCAGGAUUCAGCUUCUUGUUUGGUUUCCUGUCGGUCGCAUGGGUGAUGACCGACUAUGAUGCUGCAGCACACAUCGCCGAAGAGACAAAGAAUCCAGCAGUCACCGUCCCAACGGCCAUCUCAUCGGCCCUCGGCUUCACCUACGUAGUCGGAUGGCUAUUCACCAUCGUUCUGUCCUUCUGCAUGGGACCCCUGGAUCUGACCUCCGACGACCCGGCCCACAACAUCCUCGCCUCGGCCAUUGAGCAGCCUGUCGUACAAAUUUAUUACAAUGUCAUGGGAAAGCAUGCAGCUAUCUUCUUCGCCGUCGCCGCGUUCAUCAUUAUGAACUUCGUCUGCAUCACGGCCCUGCAGGCUGGCAGCCGCACCAUCUGGGCUUUCUCGCGCGACGAGAUGCUCCCCGGCUCAAGUAUUUGGUAUAAGAUCUGGGGCCGGACUGAUACCCCCGUCCUGGCAGUCUGGCUCUACACGCUCAUUUGCAUCCUGAUCAACCUCAUCGGCCUGGGCAGCUACAUCACCAUCUCGGCCAUCUUCAACUUGUGCGCCAUCGCACUGGACUGGUCGUACUGCAUCCCGAUUCUGUGCAAGCUCUUAUUCAACAAAUUCGAGCGCGGGCCUUGGCACCUGGGUCCCGCGAGCAUCUUCGUCAACAUCUGGGCUUGCUCAUGGACCGCAUUUGUCUCUGUCAUCUUCCUCUUCCCCACCGUUAGGCCCGUUGCUGCGGAUACUAUGAAUUACGCUGUCGUGAUUCUGGCCUUCGUCCUCCUCUUCUCUCUCGUCUACUGGUUUAUCGCCGGCAGGAAAUAUUACGUCGGCCCACGAACCGAAGCUCACGUUGUCGAUGGCAUGAUUAUCAAGGACCCCAGCGAAUCCGAGCUCCGUGACCGCGAGAAGAAUGUGAACACUACGGAAGGUAUAGCAGCCAAGUAA